CCGGUAAACAUGACCGAGCACUAAAAGUGCAUUAACUGCAGUGUAAACAGGGUAGAGUUUUCCUAUUAGCAGAAUAUAUAAGUGUGAAUCAGACGGAAGUGCGCUCUGUAAGUCCGGACACUGUGUGUGUCCAGCAGCAGCACUGCUGAGUGUGAGCUGGGGGAGACACACAAUGGGUAAAGCUGAAAUGACAUGCUGAAGAGAAUGAGGAUCUAAACCAUUAUCCAAUAGAAAAUAAGACCCUGUUAAAGAGCAGAAUUAAAGAGCAGAGUGUGUGCAGUGCUGAGGGAUGGACUUGGACUUGGACACAUGGUGAGAGGGGAGAGAGAGAGAGAGAGAGAGAGCUACUGCCAACCCACACGGGCUAAAGAUUUGGAAAGACGACACAGCUAACGAUAUGGAGGAGGAACGAGCUGACAAUAGAAAGAAGUCACCAAAAAUAUGUGGCACCAACUACCCACUCAGCAUUUCCUUCAUUGUAGUCAAUGAGUUCUGUGAGAGAUUCUCUUAUUAUGGCAUGAAAGCGGUGCUCACACUUUACUUCAUCAAUUACCUCCACUGGAGCAAGGACUUCUCCACUGCUAUAUACCAUGCAUUCUCUGGCCUGUGCUACUUUACUCCUCUAAUAGGGGCCAUCAUAGCUGACUCAUGGCUGGGAAAGUUUAAAACCAUCAUCUAUCUGUCAAUCGUGUAUGUCAUGGGUCAUGUAAUAAAGUCUAUUGCUGCAAUGCCAUCUGUAGGGGAUAGUGCUGUGCACAUUGCUCUGUCCAUGUUGGGGCUCACCCUCAUUGCUUUUGGGACUGGAGGAAUCAAACCUUGUGUGUCAGCGUUUGGUGGGGACCAAUUUGAGGAAGAGCAUAUAAAGGAGAGAAGAAAGUUCUUCUCAAUCUUCUAUAUGUCAAUCAAUGCUGGGAGUGUGCUUUCGACCCUCGUCACACCAGUUCUAAGAGGUGACGUUCAGUGUUUUGGAGGUGAUUGCUAUGCUCUUGCCUUUGGAGUUCCUGCGGCUUUAAUGUUCAUCGCUUUGGUGGUUUUCGUUCUUGGCAGUGGGCUAUAUAGAAAGUCCCCACCUGAGGGAAAUGUCUUGUUGAAUGUCUGCAAGUGCAUUGGGUUUGCCAUACGCAAUUGGUGGAGAAGCAGAGAGAAAAGCCCAAGACGGAAUCACUGGCUGGACUGGGCUGAGGAGAAGUAUUCGAAAACUCUUAUUCAGGAGAUCAAAAUGGUGCUCCGUGUGCUGGUUCUCUACAUCCCAUUGCCCAUGUUCUGGGCUCUCUUUGAUCAGCAGGGAUCUCGCUGGACUCUACAGGCCACAUGGAUGAACAUGGAUUUCGGUGGAGGUUUUGUAAUAAAGCCUGAUCAAAUGCAGAUGCUGAAUGCUUUGCUCAUUCUGGUGUUCGUUCCUAUCUUUGACAUGGGUGUGUACCCGCUCAUCCGUCUUUGUCGGAUCAACCUCACGCCUCUAAGGAAGAUGACCACAGGAAUGAUCCUUGCUGCACUCGCCUUCUGUGCUGCAACUGUAGUGGAAGUCAAUGUCAUUAAAACGGGUGUGGAACCUCCACCAGCCAAAGAGUGUUUGCUACAAGUCCUUAACCUUGUUAAUGGAGAGGCUGUGUCUGUAGAAAUUACAGGACAUAAUAUUUUCCCUGACAAAAUAGAAUCAUAUAAGGAUCCUUUGGAAUACACUAGAUUUCCACUUGAGGGUGUCAGCCAAGUCUUCCCAGUCACUGUUUCUCAAAAUGGAGUGGCUCACCAGUGCCAACUUAACGUCAGUGAGCACACUGCCUAUAGCCUCAUCUUGUAUAGUGAGGGCACUAGUAUUGAGUGUAAACAGGAAAAGGAUAAUAUCAUUAAAUCUAAGAAUGGAGAAGCCUUCCUCAGAUUUAUUAAUAGCCGAUCAGAGGACAUGAACAUAACAGUAGGCAGUGUAACAUUCUUUGCACCAAGCAGUUACGGGAUCUCUGAAAGCAAAAGUGUUGAAAGAGGAAAAUACACAGAAGUUUCCUGCGAAUCACAGACAAAGACACAUCUUAUUGAUCUGGGGCUUCUUGACUUUGGUGCCACCUACACAUUCAUUCUUGGCGGGGACACAGAAGCCAUACAAAUUAAUAAGACUGAGGAUGUCCAGGCAAACAAUGUGCACAUUGCUUGGCAGAUCCCACAGUACGUCCUCAUCACUGCAGGGGAGGUCAUGUUCUCAAUCACUGGUCUAGAAUUUUCAUAUUCACAGGCCCCAGCGAGUAUGAAGUCUGUGCUGCAAGCAGGAUGGCUUCUUACUGUGGCUUUUGGGAAUGUCAUUGUGGUGAUUGUGGCAGAGGGAGCUGGGCUGGAGCAGUGGUCAGAGUUUCUGCUCUUUGCUGCACUGCUGGUUGCAGUCAGCAUCAUCUUCUCCAUCAUGGCCUAUUUCUACACCUAUGUUGACCCUGAUCAGGUGGCCAAGCUCGCCGAAGAAGAUGAAAACAUGGUUGACUUCAAGGAGAUAGAAAAUGAGAAUAUGGACAUUUGCAUAUGACCUCAGGAUUGACCCUUGUAUAUGCGUUUUAAGAUUCAUGCAAAUCUACAGAUGCACUCAUGAGUUUCAACUGUUACAACUGAGUAAAUAUGGUUCCGCCUCAUUAGUAUUGAUUGACAAGUGGCAGCCAUAGUGUUUACAAAUGGCAACAUGAUUUUUUUAUAAUUAUUGAUUUUACAGUAACACGCUACCAUUCAUCUAUUGAUUAUCUAUACCACUUAUCAGACAGGGUUGCAGGGGAAGCUGGAGCCAGUUUACCCCCAUGCUGAAACCAAAGUUGUGAAGAUAGGUAAAAAAAAAAAAAAUCCUAGGACUAGUUUGCAAAAGUAAAUAAUGCAAAUAGCAAAAAAAAAAUCUAGGUGGGUGGAGAAAAAUGGUUCUUGCGGCUUUUUUGUUUGGGAGAACCCAAGGAAUCAGUGGAAAUAAAGAACUUUAUUUGUAAAACUUAAACACUCACUUUCCUGAGUAGUGAGAGGGAGUACUAUCUACUGAACAAUUUUCAUGUCUCUACAACUUAAAAUUUAGUCUGCACUAUUCAUUUUAAAGAAGAAGAAGAAGUCCUCACAAUUACAAUUAGAGUUUCUGAUGGGCCCAUGACCUUCAGUGCAUGGAACCUUAAUAAUGAACUGACAAAUACUGAACAUCCAGCAAAAGCUUUAUUGAAUGUAAGCUUGACUGAAUAUUUCUGUCACAAUAAUGAGGUGAAGGCCAGGGGCAUUUCUAGCUAUUGAGGUUUUUCACCCACGUGACCAAGUCAUGUGAGGCUGCCAUUUUGGACGUCACGGCUCGAAUCAGUUUGAAUGCAAGGAAGGCGACAAACGAAAAACAUAAAAGAAAAAGGAGCGAGAUGCAGAAAACACCUUCACUAUCCAGCGACGUAGGGCAUUUACAGGGUGAGCAGAGGGAGAGGUAUUUGCAAAAAUUGAGGUUAGCAGGCUUAGAGAACGACGUUUACCUGCUUCCACCAGGAUUGUUCACUGACAUACGGAAGUACACGAAGCCCUCGUCUUUACCUGACUUCGGCCCACAUGAUCUGUAUACCUAUGUCGUUAAAAACCCAUCGCCAUACACAGGUAUUGAUCUGAAAGCGUAUAAGAGUUUGGAUACCUACAAAUAUUUUGUGUCAGGCUGGGUAACAUGCCUACAUCAGUGGGUCGUCCCUGGAGCCGGUGGUCGCCAUCUUAUUACAGCUAAGGUUUGUUCACAUUUUCAUUUA